AUGGCUUCGUCGCGCUCCAGCCGGAGCCACAGCUUCAGCAGCGACAAGACGCCCUCUCUGGCCAGCUCCGUCACCUUCCAGAUGCCCACGACGGUGCGGCCUGCGCCAGCCUACAUUGCUGCAUCUGUCGCCUCACAGACGGUUACCGACCACCACAAUGCUCAGCUGCGCGACCAGGAUGCCGACACAGAUGAGCUGCAAAAUGCCAUCUUUUCCGAACAGGCAUUGGCCCUGCUCAAUGCCUUCCUCGACCACCUGCUCUUCGCAUUCCUCUCGUCGGCGCGAUCGCCAUCCCUGACUGCCAUCCGCCCCGCCGUAUCCGACGUACUCAAGCCGCGACUGGCCCGCGAUGCCAUUGAAGCAGCCGACGAGGAGCUGCAGGGUCUGUUGGCAGGAGAGGACGACGAGGAGCUCUCCACAGCGCAUGCACGGGCUGCUGAGAGGUGGGACGUGGAGAAGGUGUGGAAGCGCACCCGCCUGCGCAUCAUGGUCUAUACGCGCCUGGGCGAGCUCGAGGAUGAAGACGAGGAGAGAUAUGUCCAGCAGGAGCGUGGCCUCAGCAUGGACGAAGACGAGGACGACGAGGCUGGGCUCGUUGCCUGGGCCUCUGCCAUCUUCCUCACCUCGGUCAUCGAGUACGUGGCCGAGCAAUUGCUGCUGGUCGCUGGCUCGGCGGCCUUUUCGCGCAUGGCAGCGAGGAUGAAGAAGCUGGCCCAGCAGAACGACGACCCCGAGCAACAGCUCAUUGAGCGUCUGAUCAUCGAAGAGCCCGACGUGGAGAAGAUUGCCCUCAACUCGGCGCUGGGCAGGCUCUGGAGGACGUGGAGGAAGCGCGUGCGAUCGCCCAUAACGCCCAUGUCCCCUCGAGGUGUCCACACUGCCCCAAGCUACUCGAGCCUACACCACCGCAAAGCCAGUCGCGAGACCAUCAACACCGUACACGACGAGCAUGAGCCCCUGCCCGAACACCCCCCUACCGAAACCGACAUCGCCGCCAACAUACCCCUCCCGAUGGGCGACAACGACGUCAACGAGAUCGAGGUGCCUGGUCUGGCGUCCACAUAUGAAGACGAGGCUGAGGGCUCAGGCAUGGAGACGCCCGUUCAGCGUCCCCAGCGGCCGUCCAGUGUCCUUUUGCUGUCUUCUCUGGUGGAGUCCUCCAUCAAAAGCAACAGGCCCCGUCCCAUAUCAAUGCCGCUGCGUCAGGCACCACAAUUCACUAUGCCCGCGCACUCUGCUGACGAAGAUACCCCCUUACCAGAAACAGAGGAAAAUGCGAAGCAAGACACUGAGGACCAACAGGACGAGUCGUCCGAGGACGAUGCCUCCAUGGUGGCAUUUGCAGCGGCCACUGGCAUGGGCUUUCGGAGGAGCGCGGUUGGACCGUCGCAGGAACCAGAGCAUCAGGCUGAGAAGGUUAAGGAGGUUAGGGAGGCUGAGGAGACGCAUGAGACCAUCGCUGAAAGCCCGCCCCAGGUCAUGCGAUCCAAGAGGAUGUCAAUUGAACGACCUGGCCCUCCAGGACUGGUCCGCACAUUCUCAACCCGCAGCUCAAGCCUCAAAUCACCUGUAGGAACACCCUUGGCAACACCGAAAGCCCCUAUCCAUUCCGAAGGGCGUUCCUAUCUCGACGACGAGCCAUCAGACGACGAGCCAGAGCAGCAUCGUGCCAUUGGCGUCGCGCGAACAUCGGACAGCGUUAUACGAUCAGCCUCAAACUCUCCAGCAGAUUCGCCCCAUGAGCGGAGGAGGCCGGGAAGUGGAGGCUACGUUGAAGUGCCACCCCGAGACUUUACGCCUACGUCGCUCACGUACAGCAACACUCCCUCGCCUGACAGCAAGCCCAACGCGGCAGACCGUUCCGUAGCACGCAAAGAAGUCAACAGAAGGUCUUUUACUGGCGCCGAGUUGGUCCCAGGCCCCGCCGCAUACGAAGGUCCCACCAGCGCACCCAGAAGACAGGAUCUAGCUCGCUCGGCAUCGCGUGGUUCGUCACUACCUGCGUUGCAGGAAGUCGAAAGCAACACUCCACAACACAAAAAGAAGACGCCGUCGAUUCACACAAGCCGUAGCGUGCGUACCUCGGAUAGUCCCAGGCGUAGUCCUACUUCUGCGACUGAUACAUCCGAGCGACGACCAAACCGCCUGUCUACCGACGAUUCGACACGCUCUCCGCACGUGGCAGCCGACAAAUCCUCUUCGGACAACUCUUCGUUAAAGCGCGGUACAUCGACCUCUUCUUCUCUUCGGAAGCAGGGCGCUUAUCCCGUCGUAUCAAGCGGACGAGAGUCCAUUGGCAGCCACCGCUCCCGUGGAUUGAGCGGUCGCAUGUCUGAAGAAGACCGCGCCCGCGAAUUCGACUCUUUGGUCAAAGGACAGGAAACGGUAAAGUUUACAUUAACCCCCGAGAGCGUGCGAACUGCUGAUAAGGAGUCACCCGUCGUCAAGAAGGCGGAACUACGAAGGCCCUCUGCAUCGUCCGUGACUGUGUAUCCCCGCGUCAAUGCCGAAGACAAGUCGUUUGGGACUGCGAACCUGCCCAACACCACAGCACCGAGGGCCAAGGGACCUACCGCUGCCAAUCACAAGCCUUCCCCCAGUCGGAAGGUUGUCACCAGGCCGCUUGCAAGAGAUCCAAAGAUCGAGUCUGAGUCCAUGCGUGACUUUGCUGACUUUAUUCGUUCCACUGGUCCUUCUCCCGGACAAGAGAAGCCCGUGCAGCCCUUUGUCAACAUCAGUGGGAACGGCCAGAAGUCGGGCAACCAGUCGACGUCGUCUCUCGGACGUAAGAUGUCCAUGUCGAAACAGUCUGGCAGCGCCAACGGAUCAGCUACGCGAGCUCGCCCGAACAUGGAGCCACGCAGUCCAGCAGGUCUAAGCACCGGCAAUGGCGAUUUGAUCGACUUCAUCCGUCAAGGACCGCCAGACGCAAACCACGGCCAGCCAAGGAUACCGCGAAACGUUGCGCCCUUCCGGACGACCGUCGAUUCGGACCAGUUCGAGACGAUGCUCGGCGGACACGGCAAUGUCGAGUCAGCAUACGGCUCCGCUUCUUCAACACUAGAAUCCAAGGACAGCACGCAGACCAUCAAUUCGCGCACUGGCCUGAUCCCCUCGCCCAGUGUCGUGCAGCCCGCCUACUCCAACCAACCUCAGCAACUCAGCGGCAGCAUGUCCGGGCCCGAUGAGCCGCACAUCACGCGAACGCGUCGCCGCAUCAAGGACCCCUACGCCAUCGAUCUGUCUGACGAAGACGAAGACGAUGAGGACGAGGACGAGGACCAACUCACUGCGCUCCCUACGCCUACAAAUCAACACCCACCCCAGGCGCAAAGACAACAGGCUCCUCCAUCGCGACAGCAAGCGCCCCGUCAAGAGAGCCUGAUGGAUUUCCUAAACGGGAUGGAUCCCCCGUCUACCAGUAAACCCCAACCCUUUAUGCUCAGCGAAGAAACAAUCGCCGCUGCCCGCGCACGCGCAGCCGCGUCCUCCAACCCCUCCCUGUCAUCCGCCACAUCCACUCCUCGCAACAACUACGGAAACGGAAACGGCAACGGCAACGGCAACGGCAACGGCAGCGCUCCCCCCUUUGGUUCCGUAUCCUCCUCCAACUCCUACUCCGGUUCGAACAACAAACCCAGAUUGCAAGCUCGCGCUCCUGCUGUCGCUGAUAAUGUACGCGCUGGCGCUGGCGGUGGUGGUGGGUCGAGGACUGCGACGAGUGAUCUUGCCGACUUCUUAAAGAAUUCUGGGCCGCCUGAGAUGCCGCCUAUGCAGCAGGGGAAGAAGGAGGAAGAGAAGAAGAGUAAGAGGUUUUGGCGGAGGGGCAAGACGUAUGGGGAUUUGCCUUGA